GGAAGUAAACAGUCGGUUGUCUUAAUAUUCUAAGCCAAUGUCAAUGAAUUAUCUGUCUUUGAUACAACAUAAUGGAUUCUAUUCCAGUCAGUGUAAUGGUCAGGAUUUUCUCCUUUUUGGAGGUAAAAGAGAAAUGUAAAGCUGCGAGAGUUUGCAAAGCAUGGUAUCACCUCAUGCGUGAGAAGGAACUGUGGAAGUUUGUUGACCUCAGCUCAUUCCGUAUCAACCUCCAGUCAACAUGGAAGAUCAUUCGAUGUUACUUUACAGACGCCCUGAAAACUCUUCAUCUUCGAGGUUUUAUGAGCUCCAUCAAGAACACGGAGUGCAUCUCCAAUGCAGUACUGAAGAAUCUCUUUGAACGCUGCCCAAACAUAACGGAGCUCCAUAUUGAAGAUGCCAUGCUGGCCAACAUCGAUUCAGGAAACUUGCCUCCGACGCUGAAAAUACUGAAACUCAAGCGAUGCCAGACAACCUUUGGCUGGUUCAAGUCCGCUGUUGACAAAGGUCGAUUUGACCAUCUGCACACCCUUAACGUUGAGAGGUCCACAAGAUUCUGCAAUGAGGACCUCAAAGAUCUCGCCUCGAUUCCCGGAGGAGGGAAACUCGAGAGGUUGAGUUUUUCCAGCUGCUACCGAGUCAAACAAGAGGGCUUUGUUACCAUGUCCGAGCAUCUUACACAUUUAACACACUUAGAUAUCUGCCGGACUAACGUCACUGAUGAUGACAUGCAUUUUAUAUGUCGCCAACUGAAACGGUUAGAGUCACUUCUUGUUCAAGAUUGUGAUUCUUUAACAGACCUUUCUGUCGGAUCCCUGAGUACGUUACCAAAUCUACAAGAGCUGGACCUAGGGGGAAGUAGUAUGAAGUUUACGGGAGAUGCCAUCAUUUCCCUAAUGGGGAGGCUGCAUAAACUGAAGACGUUGUACAUUUCUGUGUCAGAGACUAUCACGGAAGCUGAUUUGGAACAAAUACAAAGCAGGAAAUGCAACUGCAAUAUUAUUAUUCAAUAGAAAUUAACAGCUUAUUAUAUUUUUUUGUUAGAAACCAGAUAGGCUAGAAACAAUUAAUUAUUGGUGAAUUGUAUUGAUAAUAAUAAUAGUAUAGGCUAUAGUUAAUAGGCAUUUAUAAAGUGCCUUCUAAUGCUAGGCCUUACACAGCAUUUAGGUAAACGGCAAUUACAACGAAUACAAUUAUAAAACAACAGAAUAAAAUAGUUAUUAAAAAAAAAAAAAAAAUUUAUCAAAAGAGCAAAAGAAUUUGAAGCUGUUUGGUCAUAAUUUUUGUUGUAUACUACCACUGGAUGGGAUGCGAUCUAACCUUAACCAAACCCCCCCCCCCUUACCUUUGGCUUUAAACUGAAUGAUUUUGCCACUCAAAAAGACCUGUCACACAACAUGUGAAUUAAAAAAAGCUCGGUAAGUUGGGAGACAGAUAAAUUAGACAUCAAAUGGUAAAUUAAAAUUCUAACUUGUGGCGCUCUAAAAAAAAGUAUAAAAUGUGGAAAGGAUAUUUUUGUUUAAAGCCAUUGGACACUUUCAGUAAACAGUAUUG